CUUGACGGCUGCUGCUGUCUCCUGUUGCCGUGGUGACGCGGGAGUGCUUGACGGUCUUUGGGUUUCAAUACUUAUCCAUACCAUAAAUACAUUUCUGCAGGAUAAAAGUUCUCCAAAAGUUAAAGAGCCUUAGAAGAUGGCAGAAGCAGUCUUCCAUGCCCCCAAAAGGAAAAGAAGAGUUUAUGAGAGUUAUGAAUCACCAUUUCCCAUCCCUUUCUGUCAGGAGGUUACACUUCAAAAAGAUUUCAAAAUAUACCGUGCUGAAAUUAUCAACAAUAAUGUAAUUGUAAGGAAUGCAGAGGCUAUUAAACAGUUAUAUGGUAAGGGUUAUUUUGGAAAAGGCAUUCUAUCAAGAAGUCGACCAGACUUUACUGUUUCAGAUCCUGCACUGGUUGCCAAAUGGAAAGAUGCUAAGCUGGGCAUGCCUAUACUUACAUCAAAGAGGUACCAGCGUGGUAUAACAUGGGCUGCAAGUCUCAUGCAAAGACAGGGGCAGGAAGAAAGUUCAGUACAUAAAAUUCUUGAGGACUAUACAAAACCACUUGAAUUUCCUUUUCUGAAAAGAAAUAAGGAAGAUCAACAAAAUAAUGAACUUAACCCUAACUUGGAUUCAGAAAUUGAAAAUAUAGAACAUAAAGCAAAACUUUUAGUCACAAAUGGAGAUUUUGUCAAACCAGAUAUAGAAGAUGAGAACAAAAGCUCAAGCUCUGAGAGCAUGGACUUAAAGGAAUGUUCUGUACGUGAUCCAUUAGAUAAACAUGACUCUGAUGAACAAAAGGCAAGGGAUGGUGAUGCUUUUGGACAGACACACUAUCUCACACAUGGAGAUUUUGUCACGCUUGACUGUCAACCUGAAGAUCAUGUUCAACAGAAGCAUCUUAUGUUUGACACAGAUGAAGAAUGUGAUGAUCAUGAGUAUGUGCUUGUUCAAGAAACAACAAAUUGUUUAGAUAAUGAGGAGGAAACAGCAGAUGAGAAAGUGGUCAAAAGAGAAAAGCUAGUGUGCAGAAGAAAUCCAUAUAGGAUCUUUGAAUACUUACAACUCAGCCUAGAAGAGGCAUUUUUCUUGGUCUAUGCUUUGGGGUGCUUAAAUGUUUACUAUGAGGAGGAGCCUUUAACAAUAUUGAAACUAUGGGACGCUUUUCAUCUAGUUCAGCCCACAUUCAGAACAACAUAUAUGGCAUAUCACUACUUCCGAAGUAAGGGCUGGGUGCCCAAAGUGGGACUCAAGUAUGGAACAGAUUUCUUACUCUACCGAAAAGGCCCACCUUUUUACCAUGCAAGUUAUUCUGUCAUUAUUGAGUUGGUUAAUGAUAGUUUCGAAGGAUCACUUCGGAGACCUUUCAGCUGGAAGUCAUUGGCCGGGUUAAACAGAAUUACAGCUAAUGUCUCCAAGGAGCUUAUGUUGUGCUAUUUGAUUAGACCCUCUAAUAUGACUGACAAGGAAAUGGAAUCACCAGAAUGUUUAAAAAGAAUUAAAGUUCAGGAAGUAAUCCUGAGUCGUUGGGUUUCUUCCCGUGAGCGAAGUGACCAAGAUGAAAUUUAACACACAAGCCAAAAAUCCAAGUUCUUAAUUCACAGUUAUUUACUGAACAGCGAUUAUGUGCCCAGAUUGGGCAAGGUAAAAAUGUCAUGAUCAUUAAUUAAAAAGUAAAAGUGCCUGCUCUUUUCUUUGUAAUAUUCCCACAACUAUAGAAGCCAUGUUUACAUCUUAGGGGGCAGCUGGAUGGGGUAGUGGAGAAAGCACCGGCCCUGGAGUCAGCAGGAACCUAGUUCAGAUUCAGCCUCAAUCACCUAAGACUUUCUAGCUGUGUGACCCUGGCCAAGUCACUUAACCCCAGUGGCCUGGCCAAAACAAAAACCACACCAGCUUUAGAUGGCAUAGAUAGGUUUUGGUUCUUAUCUCUACACUAAUUUGCUCAGACUAUGGCCAAGGAUUUUCCUCUCUUGGAGACCUCCUUGAUCACAUAGGAAAUUCUUCAUCCCUGGAAAAUUCUGUACUUCUCUGAUCUUACUUGGAGCCACAGAAUGUCCCACCUCAACCAUGGAAAUGUUCUAGUGUGGAUCUCUCAUUUUACAGAUGAGAAAACUGAGGCCCAGUUAAGUGAAAUUAUCUCCAGGGUCACAGAGCAAAUGAGUGGCAAAAGUGAGAUGAGAAUCCAGAUAUCUUGGUAUUCCUUUUUUCUCCACACUGCAAAAAAGGCAUGGGAUUAUGGGAAUUGUGUAACACUAGCAUCAUAUUUUGUUUUGGAGAACAUGAAGCAACCAUUUUACUUUUCACUAAUCUUAUGAUUAAACAGCCCAGGGAACACUAGUCGAUGAUGAAGCUUUCUUCGCAGCACCAACUAGCAGCUCUUCAAUAACUUAAUGGAGUAACGAGAGGAUUAGGGACCAGGGUCACACACCCCAUGGGUAUCAGGCAGAAUUUGAAGUCAGGUCUCUCGGAUUUCAAAGCAAACUUCCUCAAUAAAUGGGGAAAAAAAUUUUUACAUCCAACAUUUCUGAGAAAGGCCUCAAUUCUAAAAUA